AGAAGAAGAAGAAGAAGAGAGAGUAAAGAUAAAGACUAAAGUGCAGGUAGUGUGUGAGAGAAAAGAGAGAGAGAGAGAGAGAGAGAGAGAGAGAGAGAGGUGGCUCCGGCAAACAGUCCCCCCUUGCAACUGUGUAGCUGUUGUGUUGUGUAUGUGUAAAGAGAGUCGCGACAUUAUCGUGAAAACCAGCGAUCCCACAUAUGUAGCGGAGAAUAGGCCUUAGCCACGAAGGCAGUCAAACUAAUCUCAUCUCAUCACUCUCUAAUCUCUAAUUAAUAAUCACAUCAGAGUAUCUGCGUAUUUCGUGGUGGGCGUGUCUUUUGGUUUUGGAUUUCCCCUCCAACCCACCUCUUAGCUACCAAAAACAACACAUAAUCCUUUGUUUCUCUCACAUUUCUCAAUUCUUGGCAGCUUUUGGAGAUCGGUUUCCACUUUUCCCCCUAUCCACUGAGGUACAUUUUAUUGGUAUUUCUUUUGGAUUGGUGGGGAAAGGAAACAUAAGGGACUGUGUUACAGGAGAUCGUAGCAGAAUCGGGUGGGUUUUUUCCAAAAUCCAAAUGCACAAAAAGAGACACACGGAUUGUAUUUUGUAUUUGUUUGUGUAGUAGUGUUGUGCAUUACUAUUUAUCAACAAUGCAAAGCAAAAUGUACACAACGAAACCAUUACCUCAACAGCAGCUUUCCGACUCCAAUAGACGUAUCAUCGAUCCCAAUGGACCCUCCCCUCUUGUUUAUCAAGUUUGGAAAGGAAACAAUAGAUUUUGCCUCGGAGGCAGGCUUGUAUUUGGUCCAGAUUUGAGGUCGAUUUUCCUUACAGUGUUUCUAAUCGUGAUGCCAGUAAUUCUGUUUUGUUCUUUUGUUUCUCCGAAGCUAGUUAAUGAAUUCCCUCACUCCGUAGCCAAUCUUAUUAUAGCUAUAUGUGUUCUCUUCACAGGAUAUGUUAUAAUUCUUCUCUUCCUUACGUCUGGAAGAGAUCCUGGUAUCAUUCCUCGUAACUCACAUCCUCCAGAACCUGAAGAUGAGGGUGAUGGCUCAAGUAUUUCUGCUGAUUGGCCUGGAAAUCAGAAUGGUGCUCCUAGUUUACCACCCAUAAAAGAAGUUGUGGUUAAUGGCAUAGUUGUUAAGGUCAAAUAUUGUCAAACUUGCAUGCUAUAUCGCCCACCACGAUGCUCUCAUUGUUCUAUUUGCAAUAACUGUGUUGAGCGUUUUGAUCACCAUUGCCCAUGGGUGGGACAGUGUAUUGGGAAGAGGAAUUACAGAUUCUUCUUCAUGUUUGUGUCCUCCACAACCAUGCUUUGCCUAUAUGUUUUUGCCUUCUGCUGGGUCAACAUUAGGAAAAUAAUGGAUGCUCAUGAUUGUAAUCUCUGGAGGGCUUUCCUGAAGUGCCCUGUUUCGGGAAUUCUGAUUUUAUACACAUUUGUAGCUGCUUGGUUUGUUGGAGGUCUUACAGCAUUUCAUCUCUAUUUAAUUUUCACCAAUCAGACAACAUAUGAGAAUUUCCGGUACCGGUAUGAUGGGAAGAUGAAUCCUUAUAACCGUGGGUGUGCUCUCAAUAUUGUGGACAUCUUCUUUUCUAAAAUUCCCAGUUCUAGGAACAACUUCAGGGCAAAGGUUAAAGGGGAUUCAUCUUCUGUGUUCACCACUUCAAUGCCAUUGGGCCAUGCCAUGAGCCCGGAAAUUCCCAAGAGAAGCUUUGACAUAGAGACUGGAAAAAGGCAAGCUGUUGCUGCUGAAGAUUUUGAAGAUAUACAGAGUCAGAUGGAAAGUGUUGGUGGAUUGGAGAGGUGUGGUACCCAGCCAAGACGCACAAACUGGGAUCAUAAACUGAACUGGGAGAUGUCUCCUGAUAUACGAAUGUUGGCUGGUGAGUUUGAAAUGGAACGUGGUUUUACAGAAAGACAGAAAAUUAAUGGAGGCCUAUGAAGUUCUUUCUAUGGCCUAAACUAUUGUGGUAAGGGUAAAAUUCUGAUCUUAGAGCCAAGAUAAAAUUGCUAACCUGGCUGGUUGAAAUUGGUUACUGAAGUCGUGCUGAACUUGAAGAAAAGUCUGCCUUCGGAAGGAUGUUUCACCAAUCACCAUGCUAUUUUAUUCUUAUAGGAAGAAAUACACUAGUUCGGUUAAAAUAUGAAGAGGCACUUGUUGUACAUCAAACUGCCUUCAUGGAUACUUGGGUGAGUGUUUUGUUAUAAUGUAACAGUUUUUUGUUUUUGUUUUUUUCUUUUUUCCCCCUGGGAACUUGGUUGGUUGAUAAUUCUCGGUGUGUUGGAUAAGUUAGCAGUGAUACAGAAAAACCAUAGAUGAUGUAUUUUGUAAAAAAAUGAAAAAAAAACCUUCGAUUAUGAGAUCUAAUUUACUUGGAA